AUGGCCAAGCCCGCCGACGCCGUCUCCACCCUCGACACCGACUGCGAGGUCGACUUCGCGACGCCGCUCGACUACGUGCAGCCUCCUGCUCCGGUGCUAGUGAAGGUCGCCGCUGCCCCAUGCCAAGACUGCGCCCACGGUGGCGAGCGGUGGUUCAUCGGCGUCGGGAUGAGGAUGGACGGCAAGCCCGUGGAGACGCCGCCCCCUGCACCGGCGCCGGCGGCGGGUUCUUCGGGCAAGGGGAAGAGUGCUAGCGAGCAUGUGCUUCGGUUCUUCGGCCGCCGCGGCUCCGUGGCGGUGCCACCCCCCGGCGCCAAGUCGGAGAAGAAGAUGAACGGCGAGGAGGCCAAGGAAGCCAAAUGGUUCACCGGCCAGAAGUAUACCCUCUAG